AGCGGCUUCCCUUUGAGCCGGAACAGGAUGACUGCCUUGACCGCGGCCGGCAACCGACAGGACCAAUCGGCUGCUUAGAGUUAGCCGUUGGCGUUUGAAACCAACCAAUUACAGGCCUGCCCUGGAACUUCCUUUUCGCCUCCAUCUCCUAGCGGGAGAGUGCUCCGAGGGAACCUAGGAGGCGGCCGUAGCUAGAGACUGAGGCGUUUGCUUCUCUGGGGAGACCAAGAUGACGGGUUCUAACGAGUUCAAGUUGAACCAGCCGCCCGAGGACGGCAUCUCUUCUGUGAAGUUCAGCCCCAACACCUCCCAGUUCCUGCUGCUCUCCUCCUGGGACACGUCGGUGCGCCUUUACGAUGUGCCAGCCAACUCCAUGCGGCUCAAGUACCAGCACACUGGCGCGGUCCUGGACUGCGCGUUCUAUGAUCCAACACACGCAUGGAGUGGGGGAUUAGAUCAUCAGUUGAAAAUGCAUGAUUUGAACACUGAUCAAGAAAACCUUGUUGGAACCCAUGAUGCCCCAAUUAGAUGUGUUGAAUACUGUCCAGAAGUGAAUGUGAUGGUCACUGGAAGUUGGGAUCAGACAGUUAAAUUGUGGGAUCCCAGAACUCCUUGUAAUGCUGGGACCUUCUCUCAGCCUGAAAAGGUCUACACACUCUCAGUGUCUGGAGACCGGCUGAUUGUGGGCACAGCAGGCCGCAGAGUGUUAGUGUGGGACUUACGGAACAUGGGCUAUGUGCAGCAGCGCAGGGAAUCCAGCCUGAAAUACCAGACUCGCUGCAUCCGAGCAUUUCCAAACAAGCAGGGUUAUGUAUUAAGCUCUAUUGAAGGCCGAGUGGCAGUUGAAUACUUGGACCCAAGCCCUGAGGUGCAGAAGAAGAAGUAUGCCUUCAAGUGUCACAGGCUAAAAGAAAAUAAUAUUGAGCAGAUUUAUCCAGUUAAUGCCAUUUCCUUUCAUAAUAUCCACAAUACAUUUGCCACAGGCGGUUCUGAUGGAUUUGUAAAUAUUUGGGAUCCAUUUAACAAAAAGCGACUGUGCCAGUUUCAUCGGUACCCCACCAGCAUCGCAUCACUUGCUUUUAGCAAUGAUGGGACUACGCUUGCAAUAGCAUCAUCAUAUAUGUAUGAAAUGGAUGACACGGAACAUCCUGAAGAUGGUAUCUUCAUUCGCCAAGUGACAGACGCAGAAACAAAACCCAAGUCACCAUGUACUUGACAAGAUUUCAUUUACUUAAGUGCCAUGUUGAUGAUAUUAAAACAAUUUGUACUCACCAAUGGUGAAUUUAUUACUAUUAAGAAAGAGACCAGGGAAAAUAUUAAUCUUAAUAUUAUAAGAACUUGAAAAUAAUGGAAAAGAGGUUUUAUUGAUUUUUAAGAAAUAAACACUUUCAUAAGUGCAUGAGAUGGUUUGAUGAUUUGUUGCACUAAAGGUACUGGGGCAUACAAAAUUAGAAAGCAGUGACUACUUUUGAGAAUCAGUUUUGACCUUGCUGAUUUUUGUUUCUGCUGUGGAAAUAAAUGUUUGUAAAUAAAUAGAGGUAAUAAAAAUCCCUUUGCAUUCUUUGUGGACCUUAAAUGGUAGAGGAAAAGACUCUUGAGCUAUUUAUUUCUUUUGCUGGUUAUAGUUGCCAAUUCUAAAGCUGCUUCAGACUGCCUCAUGAGGAGGUUAAUCUACAAUUAAACAAUAUUUCCUCUUGGCCGUCCAUUAUUUUCUGAAGCAGAUGGUUCAUCAUUUCCUGGGCUGUUAAACAAAGCGAGGUUAAGGUUAGACUCUUGGGAAUCAGCUAGUUUCAAUCUUAUUAGGGUGCAGAAGGAAAACUAAUAAGAAAACCUUCUAACAUCAUUUUGUGACUGUAAACAAUUAUUUAUUAGCAAACAAUUGAUCCCAGAAGGGCAAAUUGUUUGAGUCAGUAAUUAGCUGAGAAAAGACAGAGCAUAUCUGUGUAUUUGGAAAAAUAAUUGUAACGUAAUUGCAGUACAUUUAGGCAGGCAUCUAUUUGGACCUGUUUCUAUCUCUAAAUGAAUUUUUGGAAACAUUAAUGAGGUUUACAUAUUUCUCUGACAUUUAUAUAGUUCUCAUGUCCAUUUCAGUUGUCCAGCCGCUGGUGAUUAAGGUUAAAAAGAAAAAAAUUAUAGUGAGAGUGAAAUUCAUUUUGGUGCAGUGCCUUAAAUCAGCAUGCAAACUUAGCUUGGCCUAGUCAAAAUAAUUCUACAUGGUAUUUCUGUUGUCAUGUUUUGUUUUUAAUGUACAUUAUUUGCAAGUAUAUGUCUCUGGAGAGGACUUAGAUGUUUACUGAAAUUUAUUUUUGUCCAUGGUAUAUUUAAAAAAAUAUUUUGAUACAGAGAAAAAUUUUGCUUUCAUUUUUUAAAGUAUUGUAGCGAAUAAUUAGUGUAAGUGAACACAUCUUUUGAAAUGUGUUUUCUUCAUUGCAGGUCCACCUAAUCAUCUCGUGAAAGUGGUUUCUCUAUGGAAAGCUUUGUUUGCUUCCUACAAGUGCAUGCUUAUCCCCUAAGGGAUGUGUUGUAGUUACUAUGGCCCUGUUGUUUAGUAUGUGAAUUUUUCUGUUUUCUGUCUUACAAGAAAUUUGUCUUUAUGUUUUUUAGUAUCUUGCUUAGGAUGGGAAGUGUGUGUCCUUGUGCAGUAGUCUGAAGAAUUUCCCCACCUCUUCCCUAGCAAGCUCAGUUGCUGUUUAUGUGCAGUUGGGCUCUUUUUGUAACAUAAUCUAAACCUUUUUUCCCUUGCUGCCUAAUAAAGCAGAAAUUCAGAACCCUUUAAUGUUGGAUGUUGUUGAACAUUAGUAAUUAAUGUAAUUUAUUCUUAAAAUGGCUUCUGUAAACCAAAAGUUUUCAUCAUGUGUGUAUUGAGGAUGGCAUUCUACCUUCAAAGUCUACUCUGUCUCAUUUAAUUACGUCUCUGAUAUAAGUUAGGAUUUGGUCCUGGAUACAGUGAUCUGUUGGCACUCAGCCGUUUCCCUUGUGCCCCUCGGUGGAUCCGCAGGGCUCUGGAGCCAAGCUGCACAGCUUCUCUCAGGACAGGCGUGGAGUGGCAGCC